AUGGCUCACAGUUAUGCUUUCAAUUACAUUGUUUCUACAGUAAGCAAAGCCUUCGAUCCGCAGAACGAUCCGAGAGUCUCCGCAAUCGUCGAGGAAUACCGUCGAACCGUGGAUGACCACAACAAAUCACCAACUUGGGCUCUCCACGUAAAGCGACGGCAAGCUUUCGCCAAACUUCAGCGACUCCACAACGAAGUGAAGACUCGAAUCAAGGCAGAAAUCAUCGAGCACGAGGACUCUUCAUUGUUCUUUGACGACGACCUUGACAAGCAGAAGAUCUACUGGGCAGUCAUGCAAAGUCAUGGUGAGCUUGAUCCAGUCAAUAACUCUGAUAGCAAGCAAGCUAAUUCAAUGGAUCUUAGGAUCAUACACGACAGCCUACCGCAGCCCGAAGUCAAACGCAAAACUCCGAGCCUCCGGUUGGGCACAGUCAAGGACAACUAUCGAUUCUGUAAUCAUCCAGGUUGUGACUGGAAGACCGAACUCUACAUUGGGUCCACUUACAUCCUCCAAAACCAUAUGAUAACGGACCAUGGGAAGAGACUCUUUCCUUGCAGAAAGGGAUGUCCCGAAGCCUUCAGGACAGGUCCAAGUCGGCAACUUCAUGAAAUCUCUAAGCACGGUAACUCUGCAGCCUGUCAACCCUCCGAGUCGGAAACGAAUGAACAAGCUGAGCUUGAUCCAGAAGAAGACCUAACAAAGAUUGGCGGACACAAUUCGACGGACGUUGAUAUGAAGGAUAUCAGUGAAGCAGUUUCCAAUGACAAUGAUGGCCUCAACAAGGAAUGCUACCAAGAAAUCAACAUAGAGAAUGCGCUUGAUGUUGGAUAUAAACCAGCAGCAAACCUUGGAGAAGAUGCCACAGCGGUCGACCCUAUUCAUUCUACCGCUGCAACAACGGAAGAUGCCGUCGGAAUAAAAAAACUAUCUACCACUUCUGAUGGCUCUUUCCACUACUGCACUCACCCAGGGUGCCCCUGGAAGAUCAGAGUCCAUAAAAACGCCUAUAGCACUAUCCGAAAGCACAUCCGGACCAAGCACCUUGGAAUUCGCUACUCAUGCCAAGCACCUGGAUGCGACAUAAGCUACAUAUCAAAUUCUGAUCGCCGAAGGCACGAACUCGAGAAGCACGGUAUUGUCGCAGCCAAGCCCGAACAGUCAACUAUCCUUGUCCAACGCCGGGAUGUCAGCUCACUUUCAUCUCUCCAUCUCACCGCGAUGAGCAUGCACGCUGUGUGCAUCGUGAGGGUAGAGUAG